UCUCCCCUGUGAAGGAUACAUAAGUUAUUCUAUAUUUAUUUAUUUAUUAAUUAAUGCUUAUAGUACAAAAUGUUCAACACAUAAAGAGUGAUUGAAAAGUGUACCAGACAGGCUCCCACCACCUCACCACUGUCCAGAAAUCUCCAUUCUCUAAGCUGCUUGUUUUCUUCUCUUAGCCUCAUAUUGGAGUACCCUCUUCAAUUCCCUUCUAGUAAAUUUCCCUUAUACCCUCUGAAUACUCAUCAUCAUCCUCAUUAAUCAUGGCUCUUGUGGUGUAUUUUGUGCUUUUACUAGCCCUCACUGGUUAUUCAAGUGCUCUUUACUGUGUGUGUAAAGAUGGUGUGGGUGAUCAAGCUCUUCAGAAAGCAAUAGAUUUUGCUUGCGGUGCUGGAGCUGAUUGUACCCCUAUUUUGCAAAAUGGAGCAUGUUUCCAACCUAACAGUGUGAAGGAUCACUGCAACUAUGCUGUUAAUAGCUAUUUCCAGAGAAAGGGUCAAGUUCAAGGAAGUUGUGAUUUUGCUGGUGCUGCCAUCCCUAGUCAAACUCCACCUACUUCAGCAUCUUCAUGUGUUUACCCCUCAAGUCCUGGCAAUGCAGGAACAGGCACAGCAACCCCAACAACCAAUUCACCAGCAGGGACACCACCUUCAACCUUAACUCCAACAACUCCCACUGGCACUACACCAAUUGGUACCACUCCAACUGGUACAACUCCAGGUACAACCACAGGCACAACCACAGGUAGUCCUAAUGUGUUUGGUAUCAGUCCCACAUCUUCAACUGGCAAUGGUGGCUUCAAUGACUCAAGCAACGGAGUGGUUCCUUUGAAACACACUGCUAUGAUCCUAUUAUCCCUUGUGGUUACAUUUUGGCUAGUGUUAAGGGUCUAAUUGGUACAGUGCUAGGAAAAACCUGUGGUGGUUUGAUGUGUGGAUGAGAUUUUGCCAUGUCAUGAUGGGUGUUCAUGUAAUUUCAUCACUGGGAAUCAUCCAGAAGCAAGCCCCACCUUGGACUCAUGUUUUUGGUUUUGUUCUGUUCCUCCUAUGUGCCAGAAAAAAAAAAGGUAGGGAAUUUGGUUCCUUUUCAGUGGUGAAUAUAUUUGAUAUAUGACUACUAAGGAAGUAGAACCUCUGAUCAGUUUCCAUUUGUAUAUUACUAUCAUUAUGAGAGGCACUAUUUUUUAAUUUGAAUGAGCCUUCCGACCUCAUAUCUUCU